UGUAGGGUCACCGCCGGACCGAAUAUCACGACCGUCUCGCUGCCAUCAAUCUGUAGACGAUCUUUCAACCAAUCAAUCGUUCAAUCGUUUUUCACUGACUGUACGUUUUAUACGUAUAUAUUUAAUCAUUAAUUAUCAUAUUAUAUACGCGAUCAGAAAAUUUCCGUUUCCGGUUUUAUAUAUACAUCGUUGCAUUCGCGGACAUUAAUUACGUCAACUGCGCGCACAAUCGGAAUCGUUCGGGGAAAAUUCUAUAGGCGAUUACGUUCCGAGCGGACGGCCACCAUCAUGGGGCUGCGAACGUUUGUGCUGUGUUCGUUCGUCUGGUGUUUCGGACACGCCGCACAAUACGCGCCGAUCGAAGGCGUGGACGGUAACGAUUGCGCUGUCGUGCUCGAAGGAUCAAAGCAUUUCAUUUAUAACAGUGGAAAAGGUUCACCGCAUCGUUCGGCGGCUCACAUGUGCAUCACGUACGACACGGUCAACAGAGCUUUUCUAGACGUCCAAAACCGUCACACGCUGCUGGAACCCAACGAUCAAUGGGGCCCGGUGCACUUUGCCAGACUUGGGGAGUUGCUGCUGGAUGUGUCGCAAGUGCUCGCAAAAAUGUAUGACUUGAACGCCGACGACGUGAACAAAUUCUUGCCUUCUAUUGACACGUCCAAGACGCUCAUCAGAAACGUGUGCCCGUCGUGUUUGACGAGGGUGGUGUGCAAACCCGGAAAGUACCGUAGACCCGACGGGCUGUGCAACAAUGAAGACAAUCCCACGUGGGGCGCUACUAUGUCAACGUUCAACAGGUUGAUGUCACCACGGUUUUCCGACAAGUUAUCCGCGCCCAAGAUGUCGGCUUCCGGUCAACCACUACCCGUGGCCAGGGUCGUGUCCCGAACCAUUCACCCUGACGAGGGGUUGCAUGAGCACGCCGGAACUGUAAUGUUGGUUGCUUGGGGACAGUUUAUGGACCACGAUUUAACCCUGACGGCUACCCCAUUAGAUCCGGUAAAUAGAAAUGAACCUGAGGAGUGUUGUGGCCGUCCAGACCACUUGAAGAAUAAAUACUGCUAUGAGAUCAAAAUACCAGAAGACGACAAUUUUUAUAGGAAUCACAACGUCAGGUGUCAGGAUUUCGUGAGAGCGUUUCCAGGCGUUAAGCCCGACUGUAGAUUGGGACCGAGGUCCCCGUUCAAUCUACUCACCCCGGUGAUUGACGGCAAUACUAUUUAUGGAGUAGAUGAAACAUUUUCCCGAUAUCUUAGGUCCGGAUACACAGGACAGCUAAGGAUGAAUCCAGCAUUCUCAAAUUUGGGACUUAAAGAACUGUUGCCCAUGAAGUUAAACAUCCCGGACGAAGGUUGUAUAAGGUCAAAUGCUUCUCAGUACUGUUUUGAAUCAGGUGAAAUUAGAGUGAACGAACAGCUCGUUCUCACGUGCAUCCAUACAUUGAUGGCCAGAGAACAUAACCGGGUGGCUAAGGAGCUGUCGCAAAUAAAUCCGCACUGGAAUGACGAAAUGCUUUAUCAGGAAGCCAAGAGAAUUGUUGUAGCUGAAAUACAACACAUAACAUACAACGAAUUUCUGCCCAUACUUUUAGGGAAAGACAUGAUGGAUAAGCAUAGCUUGACGAACAAAAAAAAAGGACAUUGGAACGGAUACGAUUCAAGUGCAAAUCCUAAUAUAUUGGCUUCGUUUUCGGCGGCGGCUUUUCGUUUUGGCCAUUCCUUGUUGCCGAAUGUUAUUGAACGGUGGAGCAAAGCGCACGGUUUUAUCGCUUCCAAAAAACUUUCGGACUUGAUUCGGCGGCCGUUCGAUUUGUAUAGAGCUGGAGCCAUAGACGAGUACCUAAUGGGUCUCAUGAACCAAGUUGCACAGGCCAUGGACGAUUCGAUUACACAAGAAGUCACUAAUAAUUUGAUCAAAAAGCCGGGCAAAGGGUUUGGUUUCGACCUGGUGUCGUUCAACAUACAGAGGGGCAGGGACUUUGGAUUGCCCGGUUAUAUGGAGUACAGACGCCAUUGUGGGUUAACCGUGGCCAACCGAUUUGAAGACAUGGCGGGAUUCAUGCCUAAUUCCACCAUACAGCGUUAUCAAACGAUAUACUCAUCACCGUUUGACAUCGACUUGUGGUCAGGCGGAGUGUCGGAAAAACCAGCGCAAGGUAGUGUCGUCGGACCAACGUUCAGUUGCAUAAUUGCAUCACAAUUCAACCUGUUGAAGAGGGGCGAUCGGUUUUGGUACGAAUUGCCCAACCAACCAUCUUCAUUCUCAUCGGAUCAAUUACAAGAGAUCAGAAACGUCCGUCUGGCGCGUUUGGUUUGCGAUAAUACAGACAUCAUUGACACGGUUCAAAUGUAUCCAAUGGUGUUGUCGGAUCACGAACUGAAUCCGAGGGUCCCGUGUAGAAGUGGCGUCAUACCUAGGAUGGAUCUGAGCAAAUGGGCCGACACGACACUAGAUACGGCCGAACCCAACACCAGACUCUCGAACGUGGAGAAAAAUCUCAAAUCCGGUAUGACGGAAGCUAAGAUACAGUACUGUGACAAUUGCAAUUCGACGGUCGCAGACACCGGGAUUGGGUUGGCGGAUACAGGAACGCGGGUGAUUACGAUCAUCGAAGCGACAGAUGAGCUGGACGGCAACGCGGUGAUGAACUCGAACUCCAUAUUCAGUGGCAACGACAAGAGGAUGAAACGGGGUGUCGAAGCCGCUUCGUUGGCCGGCAAUGAGACGGUGAACGGGAACGACGACCCGUCGUUGUUGGACGAGAUGGUGCUGGCCGGACUGGACGUGCCCAAGGCGACGCCGAUCAAGCGGGACACUGUAGACGGACUACCAGACAUGACGCAGGCGAUCAUGGAGCAGCGUGUAGACUACGACGUGGACGAGGAGUUCCAGGCGGCAAACGGGCACGGGUUCGAAGCGCCCAGAACCAGGCCGGUGAACAACUACCGUGGUUACAGUAGCCGCCGUCCUGUCGAACAUUUGGACGACGAUAGCGACGACUUCGACGACGGCGACCACAAUUCGCACUACGAGUACGUGCCCAUGGAGUUCGACGAUGAGGGCAACCACAGGCCGCUAACUUUGCCAAACUUCUUGGAUUCUAAGAAACCUGUCAAGUCUAGCAAGUACGGUGCGUCCAAGACACCGAAGUAUCAUCCACCACGGCCGUCUAGCUAUAAAAGUUACGGGAGCGGUAGCAGCAGUGGUGCUUCGCCGCUGUUACACGGUCAUGACUUUGUACCACUGCGUGGUGGAAGCGGGGGAGGCUUUGGAGGCGCCGGCGGAGGUAGUCCGGCGGCUGGAUAUUCGUAUGGCGUAGGCGGCAGUAAACAGUCUGAUGGCGAAUUUGACGAUUAUCGUGACGUAUCGUCGCCAUACUCCGGUCACUCGUCAUCGGUUAGCGGUGGUGGACCCAAGUCGUUCGUGUCAAUGACGCGCAGCAAUUCCGACGAGACUGAUCCCAGAGACAUAAUCAAUAUCAAUCACGGGCAAGGAUCUUAUGACGUGGUCGAGGGACCGUCACGUGAUUACCGCGGAUACGAUUACGAGGACGAUACUUACCAUGGUCACGGAACCGCAAAAUCGUUACCGAAAUCGCCGUACUUUUACCGGGGUGGUGAUUUCGCGUAUGAACCGUCAUCGACCUCGGUUCAGUCCAGGUUACACGACGCCGACGACAAGUCGCCGAAGUCGAAAGCCUACUGGAGUAUGUCGUACGUGCAGGACGUCUAGAAACCGGCACGCGAUCAUCACCAUCAUCGCCUACCACCAUUAACCUGUACCAGUACUACCACUACCAUUUUCGCUCACCGCCACUAGUUGAUGCUUAACCCACGAUAUUCAAUGAUUUUACGAAUAUUUGUUUAUGAACAACUAUAUAGUACUGAAAAUUAGUUAUUUAAAUCCCGACGCCAAAACAAAAUGUAAUGUGCUAUCAUAAUAUCAUUGAACAAAACAUUUUUAAUUAGAGGAUUGGGCCGAAAACAUUU